AUGAAGGUGAGGUCCAUAAUGAGGAAGGAAAUGGAUAAGGCUGGCGUUAAAGAUCCUCAGGAUCUGGACAAGUCCUACUGGAUACAACGUGUCGGUGAGGUAUGCUGUGUCACCGAGCAAGCCCUCCCCCUAACGUAGCUUAAAAAAAGCCUUCAAGGGUGGCGAAAAUAAGCUCUCGUCUAUUUGAGACUUGAAAGACUUGAUUCUGAAUUUUAAGUAUCUGUUAAUAGACGGAAGCGACGUUUUAGUUCGCAUUUGCAAGCUCCAGUCAUUUCGUACCAGCUAAGACUGGUCAUACGUUUACCGCACGGACAUCGCCUUUCUGCGCAAAUCAUAUUUUAUCAGACAGACGCAAAUGCUAAAGCCAGUCAACGAACUCUCCUUCAGCGUUUUAAUUAACAAUUAAUCAAUGAGGCUGAGUAUCUUAUGAAGAAUUAUGGAGAUCGAGGAGGGCGUUAUCCGUCGAAAGACCGAAAGCCGAAUUCAAUAAUUGUUUUAUUAUUCAUUCAAAAUAAUUCCUAGUAUAAACACAUGGCUAAACAUGCUUACCUCCAUGCUUUUAGCAAUUUUAUCGCCUAGUUCUUACUCUUGAAACGAGUGAAAUGUCCGCCAUUUUUCAAGUUCACAACCAAAACAACUCAACCUCGUCCCCAGGUCUUCUCGGUUAACGGUGCAUUAACCUGUAGAAGGCUGCAUUUUUGACACCAUUUCCUCGUUAAACACAAAAUUCUUCCAGAUGUGGUCAUCAGUAACUGGUUAUGGUUAUCAUUAUCAUUAUCAAUAUCACUAUCAUUUUUCAUCAUCAUCAUCAUCAUCAUCAUUUUUAUUAUUACUAUUAUCAUGAGGUUAGAUUAUAAAAAAGUUAAGACAAGCUGUUUAAAACUGAAAAAAAAAAACUAACAAUAAACUGAAACAUGCGACUGAUAGCACAUUAAAGGAGCUGCACACAGUAUGUGUAUGCUUCAAGCCAGUCGUAAAACCUUUCCUAUGUUGCCUGCGUGCAGACGUCUCAAUGAGUUUCAUUUUCAUGACAAGGGGAUCAAAAUCAUUGUUAGGCUUUCUCGCUCAGACACUUUUAAAACAGAGGCUAGGGGUAACUCAGCAAUGACCGAUUAAAAGAAGUUUUAAAAGCAGUGCGCCGCUUUUGGACAUGUGGUUGACACAUCGUAAAAAAAAAUAAUUUAACAGUUAAAAACAACUAAAAUCUAUUGUUGUUUGUAAUAUUAUCAUGUAACGGUUUGAACAACAGUGUCAAAUAUUUUUCAACAGAUGGAACAACAUCAAAAGCUCCAGUGACACCAACAUCAAAACUCCAGAAACUCAGCUAGGUAGGUAUUUUCCUUAAUUUUUUAAGGAUUACUACCUCCUCCAAUGGCUUUCCCAAGGCUCAGUGGGGAGAAACGACGAGAGCUGGAGACAAGUAAUCUCGAGAAGGGGAUGAUGGGAACGGUAAACAGGAAAACAAGGCCGGGUUGUCCGAAUCUGGGUUAAGAUAACUCAGGGUUAGGGUUGAAAUUUGAAUUCACAUAUUAAGAGCGAAUGCACAGAAAAAUCGAGCAAAAUCGGCAAAUCGUAGCCACAGCUCAAAACCUAACUUACCCUCAUUUUCAGUCUGUAAUAUAUAAGGUUUUAAUGAGUUUAUAACACUGCUGAGGUUUAAAUUGCAAAAUGCGACCGAGUGUGGGAAUUAUUUGAGAUUUUCGAUUGGGUGUCUAGAAAACGACGAUCUAGAAAACGACGACCUACGACCUAGAAAACGACGACCUAGAAAACGACGACCUAGAAAACGACGACCUAGAAAACAACGACCUAGAAAACGACGACCUAGAAAGCGACGACAGUGAUGGGGUAGCUCGAAGGAUUAAGGGGUUAGAGGGGUACAGAGGGCGGGAAAUAAGAGGACGAUAGGAGGGAAUUAUAAGGGGUGAGAGGUGGGCGAAGAAGGAAAGUUUUAGAAAAAUAGUAAAUAUUAUUUGUACCGCGCGGCUAAGGGUAUGAAGCCAAGGAAUAAAACGGUGGAAACGGAAAUGCAAGGUACAAGGUCUGUCUAUAAAUCCGCUUACCUAAAGAAUCUGUUAAAAGAAUUUGCUAACCUGUAAAGUGCGAUUGUUGUAACGACCCGCCACAGACGUAAGUUAACAUUGAAGUUUUCUGAAUUUAGCUACUAGAUUAAGACGAUUUGUGUUUGUUCUGAUUGCGAAUUAUAAAUGUAUUUCUUUUAGAUCGAAUAAUUAUUAAAGCUUGGUGGUCAUUUGAGCUAACCAGUUCCUAAGGAAACUCCCUCCCCCUCUAGAACUGGCUGGGGUGGUGGACAAUAAAGUGUUUACCAAGAGAGGAUAACCUCUCUUGGUGUUUACUUAUUAAAAGUAUAUCGGGUUAGUUUCAUGAGCGAUCCCGGAGUGUGUUAAUAAAAAGAGGUUUGGGGAACGAAGUAUUUCUAAAAGUCAAAAUUUGGGAAAUUUUCACGUUUAGGCGGAAAAGCUCCAUUGAUUUAUUCAUU